ACAAAUUAUCUCCCCAUUAAAAUUUCCAUACCAUUUAUUAAUUAAUCAAUUAUUUAUUCUUUAUACACAUACACACACACACACAGACACACACACACACACACACCACUACUCUCUUUCAUCUACUUUAAUAAUUCGAAAAAAUAUUUUUCAAUUUAAAUCCUUACUAUUAAUUGAGGAUUUAAACUACUACUAUACUUAUUAUCAAUUCUUACUACUAAUUAUCAACCCUUACUACUAUACUUAUUAUCAACCUUUACUACUAUACUUAUUAUCAACCCUUACUACUAUACUUAUUAUCAACCCUUACUACUACACUUAUUAUCAAUUCUUACUACUAAUUAUCAACCUUUACUACUAUACUUAUUAUCAACCCUUACUACUAUACUUAUUAUCAAUUCUUACUACUAAUUAUCAACCUUUACUACUAUACUUUUUAUCAACUUUUACUACUGUACUUAUUAUCAAUCCUUACUACUAAUUAUCAACCCUUACUACUAUACUUAUUACCAAUCAAAAGAAAAAU